UACCGCACACACGUAGGGUAGGCCUAACGUUAGAAUGCGUACUUUCUCUUCGCCAUGUUGAAUCGACGAAACAACGUGGAUGAAUUAUCGGGUUAGAACGAAAAAUCACCAUUUUUCCCAUCGAAGACCUCUUCUAAUUAUCAUUUCAAGUUGUUGGAAAGAUGCCAAGAGGAGUCGAAAAACAUUAUUCUGGAAUUCAACACCUGACAGCUGGUCCAACAAUAAUGGAGCCCGUUAUGAUACCAGCCACAGCCAGUAAAUCUGCGAGCAGUGCUUCUAAGACCGGCGUUAUAGCAUGAACUACUCCUCUGGAAUGCAGUAUUUACGACAGCUACAGAGAUCUGGUAAUCAUGGCAAUACCUCACUCUUCAAGUCAUGUUAUUACUCAAGAAAAGAAUGAACAAGACAAAGAGUAGCAGAAACAUGUGAAAAAAACAUUUGUGAGAGAGGAGAAGAUGCCAAAAUGACUGCAUUGGCGAUGUCCAGUCUUUGAAUACGAGCAGUAUAGGUUGCCAUGUUGAAUCCGAAAAUGGCAAGCAAUUUUAAAGAGAAUGAUGUUCAAAGGAAUUGUUAUGCACAUGUUGCUACGAUCGAUUAUAAUAUUGAUCUUGCAGAUAGACUUAACACUGAAAAAGAUAACGUAACUAAGGACCCUCCCCCAGUAGCCAUGACUGAGUUGCAGACCCCUUUAUUGUCAUCGUCGGCUCAAUCGGAAACGGGCGACAGUGAGGAAGUGAAGGGAGAAAUAAAGGUUCACAAUCAUUCUCUAAGCGAUUCUUAUCAAAAUAAUGAUUGUGCUGAUCUGCCUAACAAAUCUACUGUGCCAUGCUUUGUGUACGGAAUCUCAUCCAGCUUUAAGAGAAGAAAGAAGGAAGUGGUUAAAAGUCAAAUCAGACGACAGACCUCGUCACUUUCCUUGAGUUUUAAUGAGGAAAAACUGACGGACGAAAAGCACUUAUCCUUGCCAAUGUUCUGUAAUGAGAACAAGCACCAGUCGUCAUCGGCUAGCCCCAGAGAUAUGGCUGAAUACCAUUCUCACAGGACUGGAGAUGAGAACGAUUCCUCAGGACCACUUCUAACCUCAGAAUCAAGUACAGGUGGUAUUAAUGAUGAAACCAAUGCGCCUUACGUCGACAGUGCCGACUCCAGAGUUCCAUCUGAGUUGUGUUUGCAAGACAAAGCCUACGAUUUAACAACUGCCCAGAGCAUGAAAGAUGUUGACUCGUGUGAUCAAGACACUAAACAUAUAUCCUACAUUGCAGAGUUCAGUGAAGAGACCGAGAGCAGCAGUGCAGGAGAUGAAGAGCAAGGUCUCAAGGGGAAGCCAUCAAAACGGGGAUUCCUAAGCAUUACAGGGCUAAUCCAGAAGCGAAGAACACCCAUGAUGAAACGCUAUGAGAUGAAAGACGUUGAACCAGUGACAGCACGUAAGGAUGAGUUUCACACCGAGAGGCAUCUCACCUGUGAAUCAGAGCGCCUAAAGAGUGUGGCUUUAGCCCAUCCUAUGAUGAAGUACUACGAGACGAUACAAAGAGAUUGUCAGUCAGUGCGACUGUCGGAGGAUGAUGUCUCUGAGUUCUUGGGAGACCCAAGCAGGGAGGUGAAAGAUGAUGUCUCAGGACCCUCAGAAGAGUGUUCAACAGAUGGAGGUCUUGAUGGUAUGUCAAAUUGUGAAGAUAGCGGAGCGGAGUACUAUCAGUUCAUGCAGGGCUUGCCUCAGACAGGAGGGGAAUCAGAGGAAGAGGACCUUGAAGAUGACGAAGACAUGGGCAGUAUAACUCAAGAAAGGGAAGGUAUUUCUGUAGUCAAACAUGCAGAUACUGAAAAUGAUACAAGCAAACGGUUUAAGUGCAAGGAGUGUGGUCGAGCGUUCCGUAAUUCACAAGGAUUAUUUGCUCACAAGAAAAUCCACACCAACGAGCGACCGUUCGCGUGUCAUCAUUGUGACAAGAAAUUCCGAUCCAAGCGGAAUCUGAUCACCCACAUCCGGACUCACACGGGAGAGAAACCGCACUCGUGUGAGAUCUGCGGACGUGGAUUCGCCCAGCAGUCCACCAUGGUGCGACACGUACGCAGCCAUACAAAGGAGAAGCAUGCAGAGACAGAUACUGAAAAUGAAACAAGUAAACAGUUUAAGUGCAAGAUAUGUGAUCGAGCAUUCCGUCAGUACCAAGGAUUGACCGCUCACGAGAAGAUCCACACCAACGAGCGACCGUUCGCGUGCCAGUAUUGUGACAAGAAAUUCCUAGCCAAGCGGAAUCUGAUAACCCACGUCCGAACUCACACGGGAGAGAAACCGCACUCGUGCGAGAUCUGCGGACGUGGAUUCGCCCAGCAAUCCACCCUGGUGACGCACCUACGCCGCCAUACAGGGGACAAGCCGUACACAUGUGAGUGUGGUCAAGCAUUCAGUCAAGCACAAGGAUUAUUAUCGCACCAAAAAAUCCACAGCAAUGAGCGACCCUUUGCGUGCCAGCAUUGUGACCUGAAAUUCCGAUCCACGCAGAAUCUGAAAAGCCACGUCCGGACUCACACGGGAGAGAAACCGUACUCUUGUGAGAUCUGCGGACGUGGAUUCAGCCAGCGGUCCACCAUGAUGACGCACCUACGCCGCCAUACAGGAGAGAAGCCUUACACGUGCGAGUGUGGUCAAGCAUUCCGUCAAGCGCAAGGAUUAUUAUCACACCAAAAAAUCCACAGUGAUGAGCGACCCUUUGCGUGCCAUCAUUGUGACCUGAAAUUCCGAUCCAAGCAGAAUCUGAUUAACCACGUCCGGACGCACACGGGAGAGAAACCGCACUCGUGCGAGAUCUGCGGACGUGGAUUCGCCCAGCGGUCCACCAUGAUGCGGCACGUACGCCGACAUACAGGAGAGAUGCAUGCAGAGACAGAUACUGAAAAUGAUACAAGUAAACGGUUUAAGUGCAAGAUAUGUGGUCGAGCAUUCCGUCAGUCACAAGGAUUAACCGCUCACAAGAAAAUCCACACCAACGAGCGACCGUUCCCGUGCCAGCAUUGUGACCUGAAAUUCCGAGUAAAGCAGAAUCUGAUCACCCACGUCCGAACUCACACGGGAGAGAAACCGCACUCGUGCGAGAUCUGCGGACGUGGAUUCGGCCAGCAGUCCACCCUAGUGCGGCACCUGCGCAGCCAUACAGGGGAGAAGCCGUACACGUGCGAGUACUGCCAGCGGAAGUUCAGCCAGCGGCACGUCAUGAUAAAUCACGCCCGAAUACAUACUGGAGAGAAACCCUAUUCGUGUGAAGUGUGCGGGAAAGACUUCAAGGAACAGCACAACCUCGUUAGGCAUGUACGAACGCAUACAGGAGAGAAGCCUUAUACGUGUGAUGAAUGUGGGAAUAAGUUCACUCAGAAGAAUCAUCUCAUGAGGCAUUCCAAAGUACAUAUUCCCAAAAUACAUACCAUAUAAUGCUCAUUACUCUGUUCUUGUUCUGAUGGUGCCAAAUUAUUCAAAAUAAUAGGGGACAGACCUAUCAUUUUUGUGAAAGUUUCAAUCUAUGGUUCUAUUGAGCACAGGUUACUGUACAUGUUUAUUGAUAAGGUUUUUUUUGGGGGGGGGGGUAGGGGUCUUUGGAAAGUGUGGAGCAAAAUUAUUUUAUUUUGGUAAAAGAUUUCGGCAACUUUCUUUGUUAUCUGAUGGCAUCAAGUUUUUUGUUGAAGCCACAUAGUAGUCAGUGUCCAUGUGUGUGGCAUCAUAAUUUGCUGACAUCAGAUUUGGUUGAAUUACCAACUAAUGUGUGCAGAGCCACAGGUCUCUCAGACAGCAAAACUCCAACCAGAAAAUUACUCCUGCUUGUCCUCCAUAUCUGGUGGGUGAGGAAAGCUUUAUUAUGAUGAGAAUUCCUUAUGACAGUAGGUUCAGGGCACAGUGCAUUGCUAAGACCUGUAGAUUAUUACUAUGAAGUCCACUCUUGUGUUAUUUCAUUGUAAAAGGAAGCAUUAAUAGACCAGUCUACCAACCUAUUCUAAUUUAUGGAUGUUUCUUUCCUAGUGACCUACAUGUAAUGACGAGUUAAUUCAUCAACCCGUUAUUCAUGUAUGAACUACAAUAUUUGGAAUUCAUUCUGCAUAUCACUUGUUGCUAUGUCAGGCAAGCAUUGGGCAAGCUUUUGGGUUGUCAAGAAGAACCUUUGUCUAAAGAGUAUGCAUAAGAUUUGAAUACGGUAUGUUGUUAAACUGGUCCAUUGAGAAAGAUUGAUUACGUCGUACAUA